AUGACGGAUCUCGACACAACCCUCACCAGCCUCGCAAAACCCAAGACCGCAGCAACAAUCACCGUUCGUAUCAUCAAAUCGUUCAAAUUCAGGACCCAGAAAAGCUUGGUGUUGCAUAACAUCGAUUUGACGACGACGACAGUUGGCCAGCUGAAGGAGAUUGCUCGUCAAGCCGUUCAGACGCAGACGGGGUGGAAGCCUUAUAGGAAUGUACAAUUAGAUACGCUGAAGGUGUACACUAAGGCACAUGGUUCCAAGACUUCCAACCUGAUAAUAAAUCUUGACAACGAUGACUGGAUCCUGAGCGAUGAUACCAAGGUGCUCGCAGACUUGGACUUUGAGAACGAAACAGAAGUCAGCUUCUUCAACCUGGAGGACUACAACGAAUUCAAGAAAAACCCAGAGACUAGUUGGGCGUGCUAA